AUAGAAAAAGAAAGAUAGAAAUGUGUAGAUAUACGCAAAGAUAACUACGGGGCGAUAUCACGUAUUAGUUUAAGGUUAACCAAUAACUCAUGCGAGCGCAGGCGAGUAAAGCACAGUCAAGUAACGUCCUCCUACUUAAGUGGAUGUUGCUAGUCAUCCAACGAAUUGUUGUGCAAGUGAAAAGUAAUGGAACAUUCGCAUGCUGUAAAAUAGACACGUCUAUCUUCUUUGAUCGAAAAGCUAAUUAAUCAAAAACCAUCAUGGAUGGAAAAGUAAAAGCAGAAAGAAGAAAGAAUCCUAGAGAAGGAGCAAAUCCUCUUAGUAAUAUAACAUUUGCAUUUACAUUACCUACUUUUUGGGCUGGUUAUCAUAGAGAUUUGGAAGUAACCGACUUAUAUAAAACUCUCAAAGAACAUAACAGCAGUUAUUUAGGUACAAAGAUAUCAAAAGUAUGGCAAAAGGAUUAUGAAGCAUAUAGAAAACAGAAAUUACUGAACAAGGAAAAAGGAAGUACUGGAAAUACUGGAAGAGAGAAAUUGAAGGAGCCUAGUUUACUAAAGGUCCUUAUGAAAUGUUUUGGAGUUCAAUUAAUAUUCUAUGGAGUAAUUUAUGCGAUUUCCGACAUAGUGUUUAGAUUAUCACAACCCUUGUUUCUCGGUCUUUUGAUUCGUUACUACAAUCAGACGAAAGUCGUAUCUAUGCCACUGCAUAUUAUAAUGACCAGAUUAUACAAUUCUUCCAAUUCGCAAGUUCAUGAAAUUGACGAAGCGAUCAAACCAGUAAUGCAGCCAAUAUUCCUCGGAAAGCUUUUAAGAUAUUACACUAAUGAUGCAAUGACAAAAGAAGAUGCCUACUUAUAUGCAGGUGGUGUAGUAUUAUGUUCAGGAGUGUUGAUAUUUAUUACUCAUCCGUACAUGUUAGGGAUACUUCAUAUGGGAAUGAAACUGCGUAUAGCUUGUUGUACACUGAUCUAUAGGAAAGCAUUGAAGCUUUCGAGAACUGCUUUGGGUGAAACAACAGUAGGACAAGCAGUGAAUCUCCUAUCUAACGAUGUUAAUAGAUUUGAUGUAGCACUUAUAUAUUUACAUUACUUAUGGCUUGGACCACUAGAAACCAUAAUCAUAACAUAUUUUAUGUACAAGGAAGUUGAAUUAUCCGCUAUUUUCGGAGUUAUAAUACUUCUACUGUUUAUUCCUUUACAAGGAUAUUUGGGUAAAAAAACUUCGGUGUACAGGUUAAAAACUGCUCUUAGAACAGAUGAAAGAGUCCGAUUAACUAAUGAAAUUAUUAGUGGUAUUCAAGCAAUCAAAAUGUAUGCCUGGGAGAAACCAUUUAGUUAUUUAACCGAAAGAGCAAGAAGGAGAGAAAUUAGUGUUAUACGAGGCAUGUCUUUAGUUAGAGGUAUUACUAUGUCUUUCAUUAUGUUUACGACAAGGAUGUCACUUUUCAUUACAAUAGUAAGUUUUAUAUUGUACGGUCAUAAAAUAACUGCCGAGAAAGUGUUCAUGUUACAAGCGUAUUAUAAUAUUUUGCGGCUAAAUAUGACUGUCUACUUUCCACAAGGAAUAACACAAAUAGCUGAAUUGUUGGUUUCUGUAAGACGUUUACAAAAGUUUAUGAUGUAUGAAGAAAUUAACGCAGAGAACGAAACAAUGGAUUGCAAGCAGAAAGAAUCAAAAAAUGACAAGGGUAAAAAUGAUACAAAUAUCAUAGAAGAAGAUGUACGUGAUGGAAAACGUAAGACGACAAAUUAUCAAGGAGAAUAUAUUAUGUCGCUAAAGAAUGCUAAUGUCAAAUGGUUUUCACACGAUCACGAAGAUACGUUAAAAAAUAUAAAUAUCAACGUGAAAUCAGGUGAAUUAAUUGCCGUUGUUGGCCAAGUUGGGUCUGGUAAAAGUAGUUUACUUAAUGUAAUGUUAAAAGAAUUACCAUUAAAGUCGGGUACUAUAGAGGUAAAUGGGAAAAUCGCCUACGCUAGUCAAGAACCGUGGCUGUUUGCUGGUUCCGUUAGACAAAAUAUUUUGUUCGGUCAAAAAAUGGAUCAGUUUCGGUACGAACGUGUGGUUAAGGUUUGUCAAUUAAAAAGAGACUUCACAUUGUUGCCAUACGGCGACAAAACGAUCGUGGGUGAAAGAGGAAUUAGUUUGUCGGGUGGGCAACGUGCUAGGAUCAAUUUAGCCAGAGCGGUUUAUGCAGAAAACGAGAUCUACUUAUUAGACGAUCCUCUAAGCGCCGUAGAUGCUCAUGUAGGCAAACAUAUGUUUGAAGAAUGUAUCGUGAAAUAUUUAAGGGGAAAGACUAGAAUUCUUGUCACGCAUCAGUUACAGUUCUUACGAAAUGUCGAUAGAAUAAUCGUUUUGAAAGACGGAGAAAUCGAGGCUGACGGUUCAUACGAUGAGCUUAUUGCGAUGGGAAUGGACUUUGGAAGAUUAUUAGAAAAUUCUGCUGAAGAAGAACGACCAGGUUCUGUCCCUCCUAGCAGGUCUAAUUCUCGGAACGCUAGUAGUACAUCUUUGAGUUCGUUAAAGAGUAGUGCUACUGAGAAAGAGGAUCCGAUGGAGGUAGCUGAAGCGCGUACAAAGGGCAAAGUUUCCGGUAAAGUGUAUGCAGCGUACUUUAGAGCUGGUGGAAAUUGGUGCGUCGUAGCUACGAUUGCUAUGCUCUGCGUGCUCGCGCAGACGUUAGCCAGUGCUAGCGAUUUCUUUAUCUCUCAAUGGGUCAAUAUGGAAGAAAAAUAUGUGAAUGAGACGGGAGGUGUCAUUAUUGAUACCAAUUGGAGAGGACCGAUAAGCCGCAAUGUCUGCAUGUACGUGUACACUGGCUUAAUCGUUUCCACUAUUAUAAUUACUCUAUUACGUUCGAUUACAUUUUUUUCGACGUGUAUGAGAGCCUCCACUAGAUUACACGAUCGUAUGUUCCGAUGCAUAAGUCGAGCAACAAUGAAAUUCUUUAAUACAAAUCCAUCGGGUCGAAUUCUUAAUAGAUUCUCGAAAGAUAUGGGAGCCAUCGACGAAGUAUUACCAAUAGCUCUAAUUGAUUCUUUACAAAUUGGCCUGUCCCUUCUUGGUAUUAUAGUUGUCGUUGCAAUAGCCAACUACUGGCUGUUAAUACCCACCGUGGUCAUCGGAAUCAUCUUCUACUAUAUUCGUGUCUUUUAUUUGGCAACUAGUCGCAGCGUCAAACGGCUCGAAGGAGUUACUCGGUCACCGGUGUUUGGACAUCUCAGUGCAACUCUGCAAGGGCUGCCAACUGUUCGAGCCUUUGGAGCGGAAGAGAUUCUUACGAAGGAAUUUGAUCAACACCAAGACUUACACUCGUCAGCAUGGUACAUAUUCAUCUCUUCUUCAAGAGCAUUUGGAUUCUGGCUGGAUUUUUUCUGCGUUAUCUACAUCAUGCUGGUCACCUUGAGCUUUUUGGUGCAAGAUGAUGGAACGGGGCAGGGUGGUAACAUUGGUUUGGCUAUAACGCAAAGUAUUGGAUUAACCGGAAUGUUUCAAUGGGGUAUGCGGCAAAGUACCGAACUGGAAAAUCAAAUGACUUCGGUGGAACGUGUGGUGGAAUACAGCAACGUGGAAAGCGAACCACCGCUCGAAAGCACGCCGGAUAAAAAACCCAAGGAAAGUUGGCCCGAAGAGGGUAAAAUUGAGUUUAAGAAUGUAUAUAUGAAAUACGAUGCGGCUGAGCCUCCGGUGCUGAAAAAUCUCAACUUUGUGAUUUAUCCGCAAGAAAAAAUAGGGAUUGUUGGACGUACAGGCGCGGGGAAGUCAUCCUUAAUAUCGACGCUAUUCCGUCUUGCAGAACUCGAUGGUGUCAUCGAGAUCGAUGGCGUGAAGAUCAACGAGAUCGGACUUCAUGAUUUGCGUUCGAAAAUCAGUAUAAUUCCUCAAGAACCUUUCCUGUAUUCGGGUUCAAUGAGAAGAAAUCUAGAUCCUUUCGACAACUACGCCGACGAUGUGCUGUGGCAAGCGUUAGAGGAAGUUGAAUUAAAGGAAAUGGGACUGGAUUCUCAUAUUAACGAGGGUGGUUCCAAUCUGAGUGUCGGUCAGCGUCAAUUGGUUUGUCUCGCCCGCGCGAUCGUCAAAAAUAAUCCGAUCCUGGUUCUCGAUGAGGCUACAGCGAACGUUGAUCUACGAACCGACGAACUCAUUCAAAAAACGAUUCGUUCUAAAUUCUCCACUUGUACGGUGCUGACCAUCGCGCAUCGUCUUAAUACCGUGAUGGACAGUGAUCGAAUUUUGGUGAUGGAUGCCGGUAGAGCCGUGGAGUUUGAUGCUCCGUACGUCUUGAUCGAAAGGAAAGGAUAUCUAAACAGUAUGAUAAACGAAACCGGGCCUGCAAUGGCAGAAGCUUUAAAGGAAGUCGCUCGCCAAAGCUAUGAGAACCGUACGUCGACCACACUCUGAUAAUUUCGUAACGCAUUUGCGAAUUCAUAAACGAAACACGGAAAUAAAUGUCACUUUUUUAAAUUUUACAAAUUGCACGGGCUAUGUUUUAUAAGUUUAUAUUCUCUUUAUACGAUUAUUGAUCGGUGGGGUUGGUUAACUCUAUCGAAGCAUACGUCAUUUGAACGAGUUAUCUCUCACUGGAUUUCGUGUUCAUCGAUACAGUAUUAUUACAUAGAUUUUUGUAAAUGAACUUGACAUACUUUCAUUCAGAUAAGCAUUGCCUUGAAUAACCGUGACGAGACUCGAACGUACUUAAAUUUAAAUACGUGAUAGACGCUAUUUUUAUAUAAACGAUACAUAUAUAAAGUUUUACCUCGCUGUUGCGAUUCUUCUCUUGCCAUCGCUGGUUGAUGCUACGAGAAUAUAUACAAAAACCAUUCGUUAAAAGGGUAGGUGUUUGCUCGAUUUUUUGUAAAUAGAACGUUUUGUCCGAUUGGUGCUAUAUGAAAUCAGUUUCAUUAAAACGUUGAAAGAAUAUUUACGGGUUUCUAACAUUCUCCGUCUGCAUCGUAACGUUUUGUAUUACGCGAUACAUCGAAUUUAUAGGAUGAAACAAACGAGAGAAGGAUUUUUAUCAGUUCGAAUAAACACUUUUCCAGUUUGUACUGUGCCAGGAAUGCAGUUCUUCCUAUACAAGAUUCUAAAAGAUUCAUGUUUCAUAUUUGAUACUCCCCGUGAUCAUUUUAUUCGCUGUACAAUUAAAUGUAUUGUACUCCUAGGUGAAAUCAAUUACUUUAUGUACAAGUGCCUAUGUAAUUUAAUUAAAGAUGAAAAAUAUAAAUGCAGGGAAUCAUUUAUCUUGAUAA